AUGGACCUAGUGUUGGCACAGCUGCAGCAGCAGCAUGGGGGAGCUCGCCAAGUGGAGCCGCGUCGGAAAGACGCGGAUGGCAGCGUCUACGCCUCCGUGGGCACUCGCCCGGUGCCGCCGCCCAAGGCGCUGCGCGCCAUCCACGCGGAGCGGCAGCGCGAGCGCCAGGAGCGCGAGGAGCAGCAGGAAGCCGAGGUCUUUGAGCGGGAGAUGGGCAUGACGGUCAAGGAGAGCCGCACCCUGCUGGCCUUUGAUGCCGACGUGGAACCCGCCGCGCGCCGUUUGAGCGCCCAAGAGCAGCUGGAGGUGGAGCUGGCGGACACGGCCUGCCGAUAUGAGAUCGCUGGCUGCGGCCUGGGCGAGUGCGACGGGAGCUACGUCUUCAUGGAGGCUUCCUCCUCUGGCGCCCCGGUGUACGAAGCGUCAAGCGGCUGGGUGCUGCACCGACAGCGCGUCCCCGAGUUGGCGCAGCUGGGGGAGGGGGACGAGGGCAAGAGCUUCGGGUGGCUCAUCUCCAAGGAUGGGAAGCCCUUCUACGGCGUCCGGUCCGAGGCGCCCCGUGUGCCUGGCGACGCCUGGCAGUGCUUCUACGGGCCACCGCCCCCGCCGUCCCAGGUGGUGGCGGUCAGUUGGGAGGAUCACUUCCUCAAGGAAGUGGGCGACCUCAAGGCGCGGGGGAACGCGGCCAUGAAGGAGGAGAGGUACCUGGAGGCCGAGCGCCUGUAUACCCAGGGCCUUGACACCAUGCAGGGCUACGACCAGGUGCUCGGCCGCCGUCUGCGGGACCUGCGCCUCGCCCUGCGCGCGAACCGCGCCGAGGCCUCGCUGCGGCGGGGCGUCUUCGAGGCCGCGGCCGCGGACGGCGCAUGGGUCCUCGACCAGGACCCCUGCCACGCCAAGGCGGCCGUGCGCCUGGCCAAGGCCUCUAAGGCGCUGAAGCGCUUGGGCUCGGUGGCGCAUCGCCUGGAAAGGCUUCCCGAGCUCCAGGCUUGGUACGAGGAGGCGGAGCUGCUGCGUCGCUGCGGCCUGGCGGAGGCGCUUCUCACAGGUCGACGGAGCUAG